UACAGUUAAUAAUGUUUUUAAUAUUUAAUCGGAAAUGUAAUUAUUUAAAAAUGAACUGAGAUAACUUGGGAACUGCGUACAAGCGAGAAAUAAAAACAAUCCAUACCACGUGACCAAACCUUCGCCUUCGGUUGGCUACUCGGUGACAGGAACAUUUCCGACAAUCUAGAAACAAAAUGGAGUUGACAGCGCUGAUAUGUGAAAUGUCUCUUUGUAGACUAUGUGGCCAGGAAAAUGUAAAUGGAACAGAAUUGUUCCCCACGACAGAAAACGAAACCGAUUUAAGUGAACUCGUUAACAAAUAUUUGCCGCUAAAGAUCGAAAAUGACAGAAAAUUUCCAACAAAAAUCUGCCCCGGGUGCAACAUUCAAUUGGAAGCUACGAUCUCGUUCAUGGACCUGAUAGUUCAAGGGCAAGUAAAGCUGAGACAGUUGUACAAGUUGCAGCAAGAUAAGUUGUAUCGACAGGAAAAACAAAGGCAACAGUUGGAAGAGGCUUUGAAAAGUGUGAAUCCUAGUUCGAGUGUGGACACUUAUACUAUACAGUCUGAUGAAACCGGAGAGAAAUUUCUAAUACAAAUUUUCUCACAAGGACCUCUUUUCCCUCCAGAGCACGAGUUAUCCUUAAGAGCUGAAGGUCUUACAAGACCUAGGCGAAAAAGAGGAAGGCCACCCAAACCUAUACUCACAAGCAAAGAGGAUGAACCAGCCCCAAAUAUUGCAGAAGAAUUAAAAAAUGAGGAAAAAGAACAAAUCGAUGAAACAGAAGAUGGUAAAAGAAAGAGACGGAUUAAAGUACCUACUCGUUAUUCUGAAGCAAUACAAGGAAAAGAAUUGGAUAAAGUAUUUAAACAAGAAGGUGUAAUAGAUGAAGAAUCUAUAUCCGAUGAGGAUGAAGUAUUAGAAAGUGAUAAUUCAGCUAAAGUGGAGGAAGUUAUUGGUCGGUUAGAAAAUGAAAAUGGAGAAGAUUUGGGACAACCAGUUAUUCUAAACAAAAAUUUACAUAAAGCGAGGUUUAAAAACAAAACAGGUAAUCAAUCAAAAAGAAAAAGGAAAUAUCAGUGUGAGAUGUGUGGACGCGAAUUUUUGCAUCAUGGAAGAUAUGAACUUCACAAAAAGAUGCAUGAACUGGAAUAUAAGUGCAGUCAUGAUGACUGCAAUUUUGAAACUGAUAAAAAGUCGUCUCUGGAACAACAUCAGCAGGAAAGUGGUCAUUCAGACUUUACAGUGAGCGAAAAAGUUGAUAAAUAUGGAACACUACAAUUGCCAACAGAAAUUCAGCCAAACCAAUCAAAGAAAAAAGAAAACAAUCAAACCGAUAGCAUAGUAAACGAGAAAAGAGAAUUCGUCUGUAAACAGUGCAAUAAAGCUUUUUCGUGUAAACAAAACUACGAAGUUCACUUAAAGGCAGUCCAUGCUGGUGAGCGACCGUUCGCUUGUGAAAUCUGUAAUAAACGUUUCUCUUACGCUAAUUGUUUAAAAGUACAUCUUCUACAGCAUUACUCAAAAACAGACAACGACGAUCUCUCUACGCAAUACAAGUGUCCAUCAUGUCCAAAAACCUUCCGCCAUCCCAGCAGUCUGCAGUACCACAAAGACUCAGAACACACAAAUGGCCGCAGAUUUGUCUGUAACAAGUGUAAUAAACCCUUUAAGCACCGGCAGCUCCUCCAGCGGCACCAAACCGUCCAUUCCAAUGAGCGUCCUCACCGGUGCUCUCAGUGUAAUUCCGCCUUUAAAACGCGAGCAAAUCUCAUACACCAUACUCGAACGGUACACGCAGGACAACGCAGCCACUGGUGUUCACAGUGUGAUAAAACUUUUGCCCACAAGACAGCUUUUACAUUGCAUCAGAGGUGGCACGCUGGAGAUCGUCCAUAUCAGUGCGAAUUUUGUAAAAAGUCCUUUUCACAAAAGGGUAAUCUGGUGGAACACAGACGGAUACACACAGGAGAAAAACCGUACCAAUGUGAUUAUUGUGGAAGAGCGUUCACAACGUCGUCACAGUUCAGGCUACACAAGAAAAGACAUCUGGAUGAGCGACCUCACAGAUGUGAAUAUUGUCCAAAGAGUUUUCUGUAUAAGGUUACUUUAAGGUGUCAUAUGAGGAGGCAUUUGGAUGAGCGACCAUUCAAAUGCCCACACUGUCCCAAAACAUUCCCAGAAGCUUGGACUUUGAAGAAGCAUGAAAGGGUACAUACGGGAGAAAAACCGUAUAAGUGUGACUUGUGCUCUAAAGCGUUUGCUGAUAGCUCGAAUUUGGCCAAACAUCGUCGCAUCCAUCGAAAUUUUAAAGAUAAACAGAUGUUGUUUGUUACUUAUGAAAAAGAUGUAGGUGAUGCUAUUGUCACCUAUAUUGAACCUCAAGACUCAGAGUCAAACACACUUGUUCAUGUUACUGAAGAUGUUGAGCAUCAAACAAUACAAUUGCAACAGUUAGUUGAUCAAGAAGGAAACCCCAUCAGUUUUAUUACACAAGAUGGACAACAAGUUAAAGUUGUGACGAGUACUGAAGAUGGUCAAGAGAACAUUCAGGGGCUGCUACCUGAUGGUACUUUGGUACCAAUUAGCUUAACUACGGUUCCUGAUAAGAAUAAAUCACUGUUGAAUUCGGUGGACGAUUCGGCGCAGAAAAUUGAUGUGCCGUUAGAAGGGCAGUUAUUAUCUACAGAUAUCCACUUUUUACCCAGCGAUGAUCCAAAAGUUCCUGGCAACAUCCAAUUUGUCGCUGAAGAUAAUCAAAAUAUGUGCUUAGUAACAACUUAUAACAUUGAAGAUUCAAUUAAUCCCCAAUAUCUUAAUAUGCCUUAGUGAGAAAGGUAUACAAUAAUUAGACGAAAUCUGUGUAAUAUAAGGUAUAUUUGGCUGUUUUUAGAAAUUGUGUAAUUUAUUUUUAUGACUGGUAGAGAUACAUAUUUUUAACGUUGCCAAUCACAAUUGUAGAUAUUUAUUACACAAGCGUUUUAAUAAAAAAAUAGAAUAAAAAAUCGCUCAGUAUUUAAAAAUAAACACAACAAUAAUAAGCUAUAAUGACUAUGAAUGUGGCGUGAAGCAGUAUAACCUCAUUACAUAGUGAAAUUCUGAGUAUAAUCAUAUUCAAUUGUUGGUAUAACAGAUUGCAUAAAUUUCAAAAAUAUAAUAAGAUACAUAUGGACCCCUAACUCACCCCCACCCUCAGUCACUGUUUCAAUAAUGCUUUUCAUCACUUCAGCGUGUCUGGAAUAAAAAAAUUAUAUCCAAAACUUAACAAUUAAAGUUGUGUCACCUGCAUGGAUGAACUGAUGCCAUUUUUGGUACACUUAAGUGGGGAUGAGUCUCCAUUGUGACAGUCUUCAUGGCAUAAUCUUUACUAACGUCUUGAUACAAUUCUUCUACAGUUAGAGGUUUGUGGUGCUAUAGAGAUUUCAAGAGUUCAAAUAUUAAUAAAAAAAAAUUGAUGGGAAAUUAGUACCUCAUUGUAACCAGUUAGCCAAAGCCUCGGUGUCUGAUAAUAUUUAUCAUAUGUAAUGUGCAAAUCGUAUGUGCGUGUAUGAAUAAUUUCACCAUCUUCAUCAGCUUCUUUACUUGCAGAUGAUGUGGGUUGAAUCACUGUAGUAGCCUGAAUAAUAGAUAUUUUUAUAAAAGA